GUAGGCUGUAACCGUAAGAAAUUAGCUAAACACAAUCGAUUAUUCUUUUAUAAAUUGACUAUAGCCAAUUUUAUACAGUUACGGCCUUAAUAAACAUGUGAUUGGAUGUCGGAGAGAAAAAGAGAAAAGAUAAAAAGUACAAAAACUUCAAUACAAGGAACAAAAGAAUCUUCGUUCUCUUGUUUAUUGUUCCUGUGCUCUCUUCGACGUAUAAUUAUCAAGUCAUCCUUAAACACCAAAGAACAGAUUUAAAAAUCGCGGGGCAAAUAUGUCGAUCAGUCGAUUCGAUGAAUCUCAAUCCGUCGAUUCGAUUAAUUUCGAUCCGUCGAUAUUGUCAACGGUACACUGUUUACUAUUGCAGUGUUUACAAGAAUUGCGAAAACCCUUGCAGUCGGACGUUGCCACACUUGCCACUUGUUGUCAAUCGCAAAAUUGUGGACUUAUCGUCGCAUCCUGAGUGUUACGCUUGACCGCUCGCGAACCGCGCCGAUCUCCGGAGUCAUGGCGGCGUCGAAAGCAAUCUGCUCUCGCCGGCGCCAACGGCGGUCGAGCGAUCGUCGCGCGCAACGGGGCGCCGUGUGAUCUGACGGUUUGGAUUUUUCGCGCUAAAUCGCCCGUUCCAAGACUCGUGCGCGAGGCCGUCGCGAAAUCUGCGAUGUUUCGCCUGCCGUAGACAGUCGCAUCAUGUUCGUGACCAACCUGGAAAAGGAUUUCUACGAUGCGAUACAAAAAAGCGUGAGUCGACGUCCCGUUCUGCCUCGCGGCGGUGUGUUUUGUGUCCGUCGCGUAUAGGUUACGCCGCGACCUACCUGCACCAUCUCGCUUCUCGAACUCUCUCAACAGCCUUCUCGGCUCUUCUGCGACGUUCCGAUUAUCGGUGUUUUUUCAUCCUUCUGGCUGCGUAAAUUACAGAUGCUUACUUUUGGUGAACUUUGAUGUUGAUGCAAUCUGUGCCUGUAGAAUAUUACAACAGCUUUUCAAAAAUGAUCAUAUGAUAUACACUCUUGUACCUGUCCGAGGUAUUCAGGAUAUGAUAAAUGCCUUUGAUGAAAAUUGUGAAGAGAUAAAAAAUGUUGUUAUGAUAAACUGUGGCGGUACUCUAGAUUUAGUAGAAUUACUUCGACCGGACGAAUCCGUGGUAUUUUUUAUCCUUGAUAGUCAUAGACCUUAUGAUUUAUGCAAUAUAUAUUCAGAAAGUCAAAUACGUAUCCUUGGUAAACCCGAUGAAGACAAUGAGAUUCCAGAAUAUAAUGAUAUAUUCCGAGAUGAUAGUUCAGAUGAAGAGGACGCAAGCGAGGAAGAAUCAGGGAAUGAAAACGAAGGUAGGCAAAGUAAAAGAAGAAGAUUGAAUGAAGAGGAUAUAUUAAGGCGAAGCGAACGAAGAAAAUGGGUUGAAAAUAGGGCAACAAUUCUUUUCAAUUACUUACAGUACAGUUACUAUGGCAAAUCGAGCGCGAUAGUAGUGUUUGAGAUGGCUUGGAAUAUGUCAAAGGAUAAUUUAGACAUGGUAUGGUGGGCCAUAGUCGGUUCCACGGAACAGUCUAUCCUUAGCAAAGUAGAGUCACGAGUAGCCGUCCUUGAGGAAGGUUCUCUUCAGGCACAUGUUUCAAGAUUAACACAUAGACAAGGUGUUGAUGUUGACAAUCAACAACAACAGAGUAUUCUUAAAAUUACUUAUGAUAAAGAUCUCCAAUUAGCAUUAUAUCGUCACUGGACUGUUGAAGCUAGCUUGAAAUAUUCAAUGUCAACUGCAGUGUCGUUACGUUUGUGGUCCAUUAGAGGGGAACAACGUUUGAGAGAAGUUUUAGCUGAAAUGGGUUUACCUCUGGUGCAAUCCAGACAAUUAUUUCGUGCAAUGGAUCUUACUUUUAGACAAGAAUUUAAGCAAAUGGUUGAAAAAUUAGCUGGCAAAUAUAAUGUCAGUAGCAUCAUUGGCACUAGUUUUACACUUCAAUAUGGUUAUCGUUUUAAAUAUUGUUCGUCAGAUAUGGUAUAUGCUAUGUUAGCUUUACUAGAUUCUACGACGAAAGACAGGCAACCACAACGUUGUUUUUUAGAUGCGCUGGAUUGUUUGUCACGUACAAAAAAGGAUGCUUUAGAAAGUGGGAUUGAAAAAGCGAAACUUAUGCUUCAUAAUAUCUUCAAAACUGCACAGAGUGUAUUAGAAGCUAAACAAGUAAAGAAUUUUGGUUCUUUUUUAUAUCUUAGUGUGCCGGAUGGGAAUAUAGAUAAUUAUUUAUUUGCACAUCCUCAUCCUCUGAUUAUGCUGGCUCAGUUUGCCCUCAAAGCAUAUGUAAAUUCUUCGAGAAACAAACGCGCUUCUGAGUGGCCCCUUGUGGCCUCUGCAACAUUUAAUACAGAGGAAGGGUCAUGCCUUCUUGUUGGUAUACCACCAGUUUGCGAGGAUCAACCCAGAAGUUUAUUUGGAAAAGCGUUCGAGCAGGCUGCAAAGAAUAAAAAUUGUUACAAUGAAGCAGAUUAUUUUGACAGUACAAUAAUAAGACUGAAAAUUGAAGAAAGACCUAAGUUUCUUGAUGCUUUGGCAGCACUCCUUGCGUGAUAAUACUGUGAUUAUCAUCACAGACGUAUAAUUAUCGAAGAUAAACGAGAUAUAUGACAAUUUUAAUUUUUAACUAACACGACUAUUAAAACAACUCGAAGCACUUUAUUGCUCAUGACUUAUAGUGCCUUUUUUUUAACGCAAAUUCAUUGUACAUUUUUUUUAACCAGCGACGGUAGUAGCUUUAUAAUUGUAAAAUAUUUAAUAUGUAAAUUAGGACUGGUAGGUGAAUCAAUAACAGUGUGUGAGUGUAAUGUGUGUUGUAUAAAAAAUGCUAGGAUAAUACAACAGUAAGUGAUAAGUGAAAAAUAUCAUAGUUUGCAUUAGUAAUUUAAGAGACAUGGUAAAAUAAAAUACUUUUAUAAAAAAAGAAACAGAAGAAAUUAAAAAAGUACGAAUAAAAAUUGCUAUAUUGGACAA